AUGCCCCAGAUCUCCGCCGGCGAAGACAAAGCUUCGAUAGAAUCCCAACUCGAAACCCUCCGCCAGAACGGCUGGGAAAUCUCCGGAAAGGGCGGAUUGCAAAAGACGUUCUACUUCAAGACGUACACCAAAGUCGCCGAUUUCCAUCACGUUAUCGCUACAAGAUGUAAAUCGGAAAAUCACCACCCGACUAUGACGACGAGGGCGGGUUCGAUAGACGUGCAUUGGAUAACGCAUUCGCCGCCUGGACUCUCGCACAAGGAUCCAAAAAUGGCAAUGUACUGUGAUGAACAGGCAAGACAUAUUGGAACGACGGAGCCUAGUCAAGCGAGGAAAUGUGGGCCGUGAGCUUCCGCGUUUUGAUGGAAGCGUUUGUAUGAUAGCGAGAUUGUCGUUGUAACUAUAUGAUAGCACCUAUUUUUUAAUAUAGGUCUCUCCCUCACAACUAAAGCC